ACUUCAACGACUACACCUAGCGCCGACACACUCACCACACUUACCACACUCACCACACUCACAACAGUAUACACACGGCGGCGUCACAUCGCUAAUGUAUAUAAUGUUAUGACUACAUUACAAAUUUGAUUGAUAAAAAAUUUACUCAAUGUAUGCGAAAUAAAUUGUAAUUGAGCGGUUGGUCGGCCGCGCGCCCUGCAGCGAGGCAGCUAGAUUCAUCCCUUUUGUUACUCCGAAGUUUACAAAGAAUUUAAGGGCGUCCUGCGCGAGCGCCGCCCCCGCCCCCUCUCGUGAUCAACUUUUGUCAUUUCUCACUCAGUUUUAUUUCGAUAAAACGAACCUGAGAAUAUUUCCGCCUCUCGAUUUAGACACGAUGAAGACCUCCUCUUAGUUAUAUGUAUCGCGGUGCCGCAACACCGCCGACAACUCGUCCGUUCUUUUUUCGACAAUUUUUUUUCAUGAAAUAUGAUGAUAGUAUAACCAAUAAAGUUGUACAUCAAAAAGCGACAAUUAUUUUAGGCAGAUAGUUUAUGCAAAGCCUUAGUACGUUGACUGCUGCCGGCCGCGUCUUUACGUUAUAACUAACGUGAUUCAUAAAAAAAAAGCAAUUUAAAGAUUUUUGUUAUUGUCAUGAAUUUUGCAAACAAUUUACACGUUAAUGUAUACUGUGAUUGCAAAAUAUAUUUUAGCAAACAAAUGAAUUGGUGUGGCUCGAUAGUGGUACCUGGUAGUGGUAGUGCUCGCCGCACUCGCCGCACACUUCACUCUGCGGAAAUGCAACGUUAAAUAUUAAGUCAAGAAAAGCAACCCGGGGUGGAAUUUUGAGCUUACGACUUUGCACUGUUGAUAAACUAAUCGAUGUUUAAGAAUUAUUGUUUUAUUGUCAAUAAAUGUUUUGUAUUUGUGUCGCGCUCGCGCUCGAGCCGUGGCUUGUAAUAUUAAUUAGCGGUGUUGUGCCGGCGCUUCGCCCCCGGCUGCGUCCGGCCGCGUACUGCACCGGUCCGCGUAUUACUUGUUCAAAUAUUUUAUGUAGCAAUUUUUUUCCUGACGAAAGAUUUUGUAAUCAAAUAAAUGAUGGCUAUUUUCUCCAAUGUUUUAUUUUACAAGGUUCUCCACCUCUACCUAAAUAAGUGUGGAAGGUGAAGUGAAAAAGUAUGUUAAGACAAGUGACAAGACAGAAGUCGUACGCGCUCCCAACGCAGAUAAGUGUAUAUUCUUGAAAUAUUGAAUACGGAUGUUAAACAAUCGUUUACUUAAUACAAAUAAAUGGGAAGCAGCUGUAGUGAAAGUGGAAAGAAAGACGAGGACUGCGUGCCAGGUAAACCGUCAGGACGGGAGGUCGGCGUGGACUCGGCACCGCCGCAAGAAGUUAGGUUACAUAUUAAGAGUUUCUUUAACUGGUUCUAUUGACUUUUUUAUAUUGUAAAAAAUAUAAAAAACAAGUAUUUGUUACUUGUCAACGUGACAUUAAGUUAAGAAGUUUAUCGUUUACGUUGUAACAUUAAUUUAGUAUUUAGAUAGAAUAAUGUUAAUAUUAAUAUUGAUAAGCACAUUAAUUAGUAACGCGAUGGCGUCGGCGGAGCUGCGCAGCCUGUACGGGGUGCGCGACGGCAACCGCGUGACGCUGUGCAUGAGCGCCGGCGUGGCGGGCCGCGGCCGCGACGUGUGCGCCGGCGCGCUCUGGCGCCGCCACUGGGUGCUGGUGCACGCCAGCUGCGUGGCGCACCGCGCGCUCUACCCCGUAGUGCUCGUGCGCGACCACGCCGACGACGUGGACUGUGAGGAGGUGCAGCAAGAUCUGUUGUACUACAAUUACCGAAAAGUGCUCGCGCGAUUCCUACACCCCGACUACCCCGAGAUGGACUUUGCCCUCAUUUGUGUCCUGGACCCAUUUGAUGCACUGCAAGUCACCUCCAAUGUCAGCUUGCCUCUGCUUGCUAAGCUGGAGCCAUGGCUGCUGGACACAUACAAUGGGUUCUCCCCGGAGACGCACCUGGCAGACUAUACCCCCAGUGAAGAGAACAUGAUGUUUGCAACCCCAGUGAGAAUGUUUAUAGUGUCAGUUGUUCUACCAUUGACAUUUUUCAUAGCAUUCUUCCUGCUUGUCACUUUCUACACGGGCACCGACAAGAGCUCACACUCUUAUAGAAGUCUUAAUGAAAAGGAAGACUCUGCACUUGCAUAGAUUGUAUUAAAACAAAUAAUUUUUAA